AGCCAGUAUCACAGGCGAUUUUGCUUGUCCAACGCUGUCUUUUAACUUGCGCCAUCGAUUCAGGACGAGUCAGGACCGAGUCGCCAUUACUAACUGGUCUUCGACUUGCCUUGGCCGUAUAACUUUCCAGCUAAUAAACUCCUUACGGAAGUGAAAAGAACUGAGCUGAGAGAACCACCCUUCUAAUUCUUGAAAGAUUUCAAACCUGGUUUGCCACUCACGGACUUGGAAAAAAAGAAAAAAGAAAAAAAAAAGCGUUGCUUACCAACUGGUACGAUCCGCGGGCCAAGAAGUGAUUUUGAAAACAUCCCCGAAUUUGCGAGUAAGCCUGGGCAUGAUAUUUGUCGAGAACCGCCGGAGCCAUAUUUGAACGGUACUGCCAUACUCCCAGCGAAGGUGUCGAGCCGCCGCUUGGAAGGAGACGAAGACGUUGGGGGCUCACGGUCCUGUCGUAUACUCUCCCCCGGCUGCAUCCAUGCAAACUCUUAUUUAUCGUGCUGAGCAGUCGAACCAUCCGCUCGGCCAGCGCCGAGGCUUAUUGAAUCUGGCGAACUUCUCUCUAGACCUGUCCUGGGCCAGAGCAGAGACGGAUUGUGCUCUUAGCAGCACAAGGGCGUAUCCCUCUCCGCCCAUGUCAGGGUCUCCACCACCACUCCCGCCCAAAUCAUACCCAGAGGUCGGUGAUCGAGGUCAGGGAAGCUUCCAGCCCACUAGUCAUGACGCGUACCGUCCAAGCUCAACGGUUCCAGGAGGCGAGUAUCGAGCAGCACCGCCGCAACCAUCCUUACUACCCCCUACAACCAGUGCCGCCAGAUCAUACCCACAAGAGGCUCCGGAGCGAAUGCCAUAUCCAUAUCACCGCCCGGAGGACACGAUGGGAAGACCUAUUUCCUACGCACAGCAACCAGGCCCGAUGGUUCCCCAGCCUCAGUACUCGCUUCCUCCUGUAGUUGGACCAAACAUAGGACCGUCAUCCUAUCCGAUGCCGAGUAACCCGCAAGGCGCCGAGAACCCGCCUUACGCAUCUCCGAAAUCCCAGCGGAAAACUAAAGGGCACGUGGCUUCGGCUUGCGUGCCCUGCAAAAGAGCACAUUUAAGAUGUGAUGCCCAGCGGCCAUGUUCUCGGUGUCUGAGCAACGGCAAAGAAGACUCGUGUGUUGAUGUCCAACAUAAAAAGCGCGGCCGACCCCGAUUACGCGAUGACAACCAACCCCGAUUCGAAACGGGGAGAUUCCCUCACCCAGGUGAUCCAACAGCAAUACGACGACCAGUCUCACUUUAUUCGCCGAUUAGCGCGGUAUCUGCCUCGUACGAAGACCCCCUUCGGAGAAACCAUUCUUAUAGAGUGUUAAAAUCACAACCGAGUGGUGAUUCCAUUCCGCCUAGAUUUAUCGAGCGUGGAUCGACUUCAGACGCAAACAUAUUUCCCGCGCCCAUUUCCAUACCCCCUCGUGCACAGGAGCCAGUGGCGUUUUUGACGACAGAUUUGGAGAUUAUGGGGGCGUCAGGAACCUUUAUGGAAGCAGUGGGGGUUCGAUCAGUCAUGGGACGAAGGUUGUUGGAUGUCGUCAGUCCAGGAGAGCGCGAUCGAGUUUUUGCGCUCCAGAGGUCUUUACAGGACGAACAGGGGAAAAAGGAACCGAAUUAUCUACCGCCAAUUUUCGGAAAAGAAGAGGCUGCGAGGGUGAUACAGGCGCUGCCAUUUAGCCCAGAGUCGAUAUCGAGGUUCCAACUGGAUCGUCAUGAUUUCUUCAACUUUGUCGGGGGAGACGGACAGUCACGACCCUAUCCGAUCCGCGUCGGACUAGCGAAGGAGGACUCGAUAUACUUCGUCGUGUUGCUCCUGUUAAAUCGUCCAGCUCAGCCGUUCCCCCACCCAUCGCCCUCUCCUCACGCCCGGGAUUUUCAAUAUUCAUUCCAACAGCCAUACGCCCAGUUGACUCCGAUUUCGGGUUCCUUCGACUCUAUACGGCCUCGAUACGGGGAAUCGUCUCGCGAGGGUGCUUACACACCACGACAACCACCAACACCUGCGCCUAUAGCCUCGGGCCUUACCCCAGGCAUCAGUCCGAACGUUUCCUCUUAUUCCGCUUCCAUCCCCUCGCGAAUCGACCCCCCCGCCGGCCCUUCUCACCAUAUCCCAAGGAGCGAGCUUCCCGUCGUCAGGCCUCCCCAGCAAGUCGAAUAUCAACUGCCUCCCAUUCGUGGCCAGAGCCAAGCUGGCCCCCCAGGAGAACCGUCCAGUUGGCAGCGAGAUGAUCGUUCAAGCCGUGUCGACAUCGGCGGAUUAAUAGAAAAGCCCGACCCGUCGCGACGAGGUCGGUAGCGGUUGAUUAAUAUUCGGACGCCAUUGAUCCUCCCAUGUCUCGUCUCUAGGUAGUUCCGGUCUUUUUCCCAGGCCAGAUGUCUUUGACGCCUAUCCGCUAGGUUAAUGUUUGAUACUACACCUUAUUCGCACUCGAAUUGUAAACUAUACCCAUAUCGCGCAUCCGUCGUUUUCAGUCGCGCAGGAGAUACC